AUGUUUUGUAUGGAAUGUGGUGUGAAGCUUGACUCAAAGUCAAACUUUUGUGGUAAUUGUGGUACAAAAUGUACCAAGGUACCUUCGGCCUCCCAAGAAACAGAUCCUGGUACUGAAGUUCUCCCAUCUGAUGUCGAGGAAACUCUGUCCCAAGGUACAAAAGAAAGCUUAGCAAAACUGAAGGAGAAGUAUGGUUUUGGGCAUGUGGGAAGAAAUUCGAAACUGUCCAAAAAGAGAAAUUGUGAAAUAAAAGAAUUGGUAAUCCAUGUUAUGGAUAAAAACAAGAAAGCUCUUAAAAGAGCUUUUCCCGGUGAAGAGGGUUUGACAGGAUGUGUGAAGAUCUCGACCAACCCUGGGCAAACUACUCGGGACUGGAUGACAUCCCCGAGAGAGCAUUUUAAAGGGAAUAUAGAGUUUGUUCCCUAUGUGAUGGGCAGAAGUGGAUUAGAACGAAUGAAUGAGGAUGCUACGUUAUUGGAACUGGAGAGUGUGAAAGUGCCAAAGAAACCUCUGAAGGUUUAUGCCAUGGCCAAGGGAAAAGGUACCUCACAGGAAGUUCUUUGUUUUUGGUCAAAAUUCCAUUAAACUCUUUAUAAUGAUAGCAUCAAAUGAAUGCAAAAUAAUGGAUUGUAUCC